ACCAGGUUUCAAAGAACCAGAGCACACAUACUACACUCACAGUCGAGAGACAUGGGGAAGCAGAAGAAAGCUCAAAAAGCAGAAGCAGACCUUCUGAGCACCCUCGAAGACUUCACCAGCAAAGAAAAUUGGGAUAAAUUUUUCAGUAUCAAAGGCAAAGAUGACCCUUUUGAAUGGUACGCCGAGUGGCCUCAGCUCCGUGACCUCCUUCUUUCCCAGCUGCAGUUUUCCUCACUACAUGAAAUCAAUGGCGAAACAUCGAAAUCGGAUGUUCAAGUUCUUGUACCUGGUUGCGGCAACUCUAGGCUUUCUGAACAAUUAUACGACGCCGGAUUUCAGUGUAUCACCAAUAUUGAUUUCUCUAAAGUUGUGAUUGGGGAUAUGUUGAAGCGAAACGUGCGUUCUCGUCCUUGUAUGCGAUGGAGGGUCAUGGAUAUGACUAGUAUGCAGUUUGCAGAUAAGUCGUUUGAUGCUGUUCUUGAUAAGGGUGGAUUAGAUGCUUUAAUGGAGCCUGAGCUUGGCCCUGUGCUAGGGAAUCAAUAUGUAUCAGAGGUAAAGAGAGUUCUGAAAGAAGGGGGAAAGUUUAUUUGUCUAACCCUUGGAGAAUCACAUGUAUUAGGCAUGUUUUUUCCUAAAUUCAGAUAUGGAUGGAAAAUCAGCAUUCAUAUACUCCCUCAAAAACAAUCUAAAAAGUCAAAAUUGAAAACCUUUAUGGUGGUAGCUGAGAAAGCAAGUCCCACAACAUUACAGACAAUAUCAACGUCUUUUGACCACAAUACCCUUGAUAGCGGUGAUCAGGCUAAAGGAGUUUUGGAAGCACUUCAAACUGAGAAUAAUAUCCGAACAAAAUGCUCAAGUGGUAAUGAUUUAGUGUAUUCACUUGAAGACCUAAAAAUUGGAGUCAAAGGGGAUUUAUCAGAGCUUAAUCCUGGUCAAAGGGUACAGUUGACUUUGGGUGAACCUGGUCAAUCCCGUUUUUGCUAUAAAAGUGUACUUCUUGAUGCUCAGCAAAAUUCUGAGGAGUUCUUAUAUCAUUGUGGGGUUUUUCUUGUACCCAAGACUCGGGCUCAUGAAUGGCUCUUCUCUUCAGAAGAAGGACAAUGGAUGGUUGUUGAGAGUUCAAAGUCAGCUCGUCUCAUAAUGGUUUUCCUGGAUGCCAGCCAUACGGGUAUCAGUAGUGAGGAUAUACAGAAGGAUCUUUCUCCUCUUGUUAGACAAUUAGCACCUUCCAAGAUUGAGGAUGGAGCUCAAAUUCCAUUUAUGGCAGCAAGUGAUGGGAUCAAACAGAGAAAAGUUGUUCACCAGGUGACAUCACCAUUGACUGGUCAAAUAGUCAUUGAUGAUGUCAUAUAUGAAAAAGUUGAUGGUCAACUCGGUCAACUUUCUCUCUCCAAAGACCUUGUAUUUCGUAGGCUAACUUUUGAAAGAUCAGAAGGCUUGAUACAAUCUGAAGCAUUGCUUUCCCUAAUUGAUGAAACAUCUGAAAAAAAUGUAAAUGAAAAAAGAAAUAAAAAAUCCAGCUCAUCUUCAAAAUCAAAGAAAAAAGGAACCCAAAAAAGAAAUGAUUCAAGCAAUUAUCAAAAUGUUGAUCAUGGAUAUUUAGCAAGUUCUUAUCAUUCUGGAAUUAUAUCUGGAUUUAUGCUCAUCUCUUCAUACCUUGAAAAAAUGGCAUUAUCUGGAACAACAGUUAGGGCAGUUGUAAUUGGUCUUGGUGCUGGGCUACUUCCUAUGUUUCUUUAUGGAUGCAUUCCAUUUUUAAAAGUUGAGGCAGUUGAGUUGGAUCCAGUAGUUGUGGAACUUGCUAAGGAUUAUUUUGGUUUUAUGGAAGAUGAACACCUUAAGGUACACAUCACCGAUGGGAUAAAAUUCAUAGAAGAUGUUGCCUCUGCCACCACUAAAACAGAAAAUGAAGGCAUCAUCAAUAAACUCGACAUACUCAUAGUAGAUGUCGACUCCCCAGACUCUAGCUCUGGGAUGACGUGUCCUGCUGCAGACUUUAUUGAAGAGUCUUUUCUCUCAACUGUUAAAAAUUCAUUAUCAAAGGAAGGUCUUUUUGUUAUUAACCUUGUAUCUCGAUCGCCAGCUGUCAAGGAAAUGGUAGUGUCAAGAAUGAAAGUGGUGUUUGGAAAACUUUUCUCCCUUCAGCUUGAAGAGGAUGUGAAUGAAGUCAUAUUUGCUCUCAACUCAGAGGGUUCGGGUCCCACGGAUUUUGAUUCUUCACCCGAGGCUUAUAGUAAACUCAAGAAAUUAUUAAAUGUCAAAAACCCUGAGAUGAACACAACCAUAAUUGAUUCUGCAAACAAGAUCAAACCUCUCGAUAGUUGAUAUCAAAUUUGUUUUCAUUUUGGGAUGAUUUCAGAAAGUCUUAAGGGUUCGUUUUUUCUAUAUUUUGUUAAAUCAUUAGUUGUAACAUUUUUUGUUGAUAAGG